AUGUGCCAAAUCGAGUCCGUCUUCCACCACGCCUGCGCGCACUGGGCAGCGCGGCCGCGCUUCGUUGGCGAGCCCUGCGUGCGCGCGCGGCACGUAGCUGUUUCUCCACAACCCACCACCAGCACUGAGACUACUCACAACAACACUACCGUGACCAUCAUCCCAUGCGACUACCCCGACCACCUCGGCGCCGCCGACGAAGCGGGCGAGUGCGCAGAGUGCGCGCGACACAGGCGGCGGUGUCCGGUUUUCGUUUUUGGGACCGAGGAGGUGGUGGUUCAAGGCUAUGAUGGAUCAGAGGAGGACGGCGAGGGCGCGGAGAGGCGCAGCUCAGUCGACUCGGACAUGACGAUGUCGUCGUCGUCGUCCUCCUCCUCCUCAUCGACCUCGUACGGUUGCUCUGAUGGCGACAGUGGCAGUAAGAGGAGUUGGCGUCCGUUCGCGGGGCUGAGUGAGGGGGCGUGGGAGGAGCUGAAGCGGGUGCAGGCGAGGAGGGAGAGGAAGAUUCGAGGAGUGGGCGGGAUUGUGGGAGUGUUGGCGGAGGAGGAGGUGGUUGUUGUUGUUGUUGGCUGA